AAGAAAAAAAAAGGUGACAGAGAUACAGGAAGGUACAAUAAAUAUUCAAGGAAUUUACCUCAAACUCCCUGGAUUAUUGAUGGAGAGCGGAAGCUGGAAUCUUCAGUGGAAGAACUGAUUUCAGAGCAUCUAAUGGCAGAAUUUAAAGCAGACAGCUUUAAUUUUUCCUCCUCUGGAAGAGAAGAUGUGGAUGUAAGAACACUAGGCAAUGGAAGGCCUUUUGCAAUUGAGCUUGUGAAUCCUCAUAGAAUACAUUUUACUGCUGAGGAAAUGAAAGGACUUCAGCAGACAAUUAAUAACUCUUCAGACAAAAUACAGGUCCGAGAUUUACAACUUGUCACCAGAGAGGCAAUUGGUCGUAUGAAGGAAGGUGAAGAGGAAAAAACAAAGACCUAUAGUGCCUUAAUAUGGACAGACAAAACAAUACAGAAAGAACAUAUUGCAUUUCUAGAUAAUAUCAAGGAAUUAAAACUUGACCAGAAGACACCACUCCGGGUUCUUCACAGAAGGCCUCUGGCAUUAAGAUGUCGAAUCAUUCACACCAUGAAGUCUGAGUACAUAGAUGAGCAUCACUUUCGCCUGCAUCUGAAAACACAAGCAGGAACCUAUGUUAAAGAAUUUGUGCAUGGAGACUUUGGAAGAACAAAGCCAAAUAUUGGCUCCCUGCUGAACAGAACCACAGACAUUCUGGAGUUGGAUGUAGAAUCUGUUGACACUGACUGGCCUCCAGCCCUGGAGAAUUAGCUUCACAAAUUGGGAUGUCACACAACAGCUCCUGGGUCAGCAGCAGUUUUCUGAAGUCUGUACAGUAUCACAACUUGGUUACAAAGUAUUUUGUUGAGCAUUUGGAUCAUGUUGAUCUGCCAAAGGAUACUGUUCCUUUGAAUCAACUCAGGUGGUGUUCAUUUAAUAUCUAGCUUUUUAAAAAUUUUCUUCUGUGCAUACAACCAUUUGGCAAGCUAAUGUAUUGAUACAAAUCUUCUUUUAAAAAUCUGUGAAGAAAAACAAAUGGUGUGCUAAGUAGGUACAACAAAUAUGCUUCAUGCAGUACUGUUUGAAAUGUUUGAUUAAAAAUUAAACGAUAAAGCUAGAUUUGUUUAUUAUUAUUAUUGCUUUUAUAUUUAAUGCUGCAGCUUUCUUGUCUGGGUGCGGACAGCACUGAAUCACCUGAAAUGCAGCUCUAACACUUUCUGAGCACUAUUCAUGCAGGACUGGUAACCAAGCCCAUAGGACAGUGCCUGGAAGGAGGUGGUGUUCUGCUCUGUGCCCAGAAGGGAACUGUUGUGAAUGAUGGAAAACUUCAGAAGCUAUUCAGAAAAGAAGGAAAAGAGAACUUCAGGCUACUGUGUUAUUUCUUGACACAAAUGAUGUAUAAGUUCUGUACACUGGAACCACAUGUAGGCUGGACAAAACAGACAUUAGAAGAGUUCUCCCAAAGGGGAAAUGGUGCUAACUGGGACUUCUGCUCCUGUUACAGUUCAGAGACACUCCAUCUUGUUUUUAAAUGUAAAAUACCAACUUGUAAAUACUCCAACAGGACGUUUCCUGAGAGUAGAAAGAGCAAGAUUUAAUUUUGUUCUUGUGGUAAAUGUGAAACAGGUAGAUGUUUUCUAGCAGAUUAUGCAUAAAUGCUGAAAUCUAGGAGCCAAACAGUGUUCCUUAUCGUAUUUCUUCAUACCAGAAGGACUUGGAUGAAGCUGUUGUAUUUCUCCAAGUAGCUGCUCACCCAAAGCAAACCCCCUGCUGCAUGAAGCUGUGCCUGUAGCACAGCCUUGGCUGAAGAUGAGUGCCUCUCUGUCCAUCAGUCGUGCUACUGUGCCACAAAGAACUGCCAAGUGCUGAGGACUCCUUACUACGCUUUGGCCAGCAGCAGUUGUGAACAUAAUGUAAAAUAUUCUAGGAAGACCCAGGAUAAGCAGCCCAAGCAGGCACCUCUGCCUGGCUUCUCUAACAUGUCUUACAGUGGUGCAAGGCUGAGAAGGCUGAAGAAGCUCAGGACUCAGUAUAACCAGUUCUUUAAUUACCAAACCAACUUGUUUACAAAGGAGAACAGAAUUUUGAAAAUAUUUAAUUAUACUGUAAAAACAAAUUGUGCUAUAAAGAGCAUUCUAUAAAGAAAAUGUAUACAUUCAAUAAACUUAAACAUUGAGAACUUAAAAAGGAAGAACUGAAUAAAUGACACAUUGCAAG